AUGACAUCCGGAGAUUCAGGUCCUCGAUACAAGCUUCAGAUCACUGCUGGGCCGACAUACGACACAUCAACGCACUCACUCGUCCAUGUGAACACUGAUACCAACCUAUGUAUUGAGACCGAGCAUGCAAAGUACUCUCUCGCUAUCUCAUUUGUACCGAAAAAGGGACUAACCGGAAACGAUCUGGUGCUUGGGAAUGAUCUGGACCGCCCUAUACGCGACAGGCUCCCGCCAGGAUCAAGCUAUGCGUUUAAAUUUAUCAAGUGGUGGGUUGAUCCGGGGUUAGAAGGGGACAUAUAUGCGGAUAAACCUUAUAUCUAUGGGCCGUGUCUGUCGAGUUGGAACUAUUUCCGGGUUUGUGGUAAGGAGGAUGAAACGGGGAACUCGGAGGCGGAAAUACAUGAGGCUGUAGUUGAAGAAGGGGGUGAAGGUAGUGGGCAGGCAGUUCGUGAGGAACUGCAGAUACCCGACGACAAUGGCCUGAGACAGAAGUUUUUCCUGGACGAGCAGAAGAGGAAGGACUUUGAGUUUGAGCCGGGAAGGAUAUAUAAAGCGGACUUUGGAAAUCCUUACAUUGGAUUCAGUGAUUUCACGAUCCGUAUCCCUGGCUUCCCGGUCCCGGUUACUAAGUAUAUUGACGAAAAGAACCAUGAGUUGCGGUAUAUCUUGAAGAACAAGACUACUGGGGACAUCUACUUCGUGGUGCUGUUUACGCUUCUGAUGCAAAAUGGGGCAGAGGUAGAGCCACUAAAGGAUGAGAGUGCGUCAGGUGAGGCAGAGGCAGAGGUUGACUAG